AGAUAAAAUGUGUCAUUUUUUCAUUUUUUUUCUUCUUCUUUCUUUUUACUCCACCUUUUUUGUUCUCUUACAAUAUUGAAACAAUGAAUGCUCAAAAAGUUGGUAUUCUCGGAGGUGGCCAACUUGGUCGUAUGAUGGUUGAAGCAGCAUCUCGGUUGAAUCUUGAAGUGGUUAUUCUUGAUUCUCCCUUGGAUGCUCCUGCCAAACAAAUUGAAAAUACUCAAGCUCAUAUUGCCGGGGCAUUCAAUGAUGAAGCCAAGAUCCGUGAAUUAGCAAGCAAGGUGGAUGUCUUGACAGUGGAAAUCGAACAUGUCAAUGCAACUGUCCUCAAGUCUUUGGAAACCCAGGGGAAAGCUAUCCAUCCUUCUCCUUCUACUGUUCAAAUUAUUCAAGACAAGUUUACACAAAAAAAUCAUCUUACUGCUCAUGGGAUUCCCGUAGCUGACUACAUGGAAACGUUGGACCGUCCUGGUGUGGAAGCUGCUGCUAAUAAGUUUGGUUAUCCUUUUAUGCUCAAAUCCAAGACAAUGGCUUACGAUGGUAAAGGAAAUUAUGUGGUGAAAUCUGAACAAGAUAUUGGACCUGCUAUGGAUGCUUUGAAGAGUACUCCUUUAUAUGCUGAAAAAUGGGCUCCCUUCACCAAGGAAUUAGCUGUGAUGGUGGUUCGUCGUGCCAAUGGUGAAGUGCGAUCUUAUCCAGUUGUUGAAACCAUUCAUAAGAAUAGUAUUUGUCAUUUAGUCAUUGCACCUGCUCAAGUGGAUGGCUCUGUUUUACGUCGUGCUCAAGCAGUUGCUGAAAAUGCUAUCAAGUCCUUCCCUGGCGCUGGUGUAUUUGGUGUUGAAAUGUUUGUGCUUGAUGAUGAAUCCAUUUUGUUGAAUGAAAUCGCUCCUCGUCCUCAUAAUUCUGGUCAUUAUACCAUUGAAGCUUGUGAAACUUCUCAAUAUGAAAAUCAUCUUCGUGCUAUUUUGGAUAUGCCUCUUGGAUCUACUGCUAUGAAGGUACCUGCCUCCAUCAUGGUCAAUAUUUUGGGACAAUCUGAAAGUAUGGAAGAAUGCUAUCGACCCUGUCAAGAAGCUCUUACGGUUGAUGGUGCCACCAUUCACCUUUAUGGUAAGAAGGCUUGUCGUCCUGGUCGCAAGAUGGGUCAUAUCACUGUUGUUGGUGACUGUAUGAUGCAAGUACAACAACGCCUAGCUCCUAUUUUGAAUGUUAUCGAACCUGGUGUGGAUCGCUCUCUCUCUUUACGUCCGCUGGUCGGGAUGAUCAUGGGAUCUGAUUCUGAUCUACCUGUCAUGAAAAUUGGGGCUAAAAUUUUGAAGGAUUUUGGAAUUCCAUUUGAAUUAUCGAUUGUAUCUGCUCAUCGUACCCCACUUCGUAUGGUGGAAUACGCUAAAUCUGCUGCUAAGCGUGGUUUGAUGGCUAUUAUUGCUGGUGCUGGUGGUGCUGCUCAUUUGCCUGGUAUGGUUGCUGCCAUGACUCCUUUGCCAGUCAUUGGUGUUCCUGUCAAGGGUAGUUCUUUGGAUGGUGUGGAUUCUCUUCAUAGUAUUGUACAAAUGCCACGUGGUAUUCCUGUUGCAACGGUUGCCAUCAACAAUAGUACUAAUGCUGCCUUAUUAGCCAUUCGAAUCUUGGGUGCAUCUAUUCCUGGAAUCAUGAAUCAAAUGGAGAAAUACAUGGAAAAAAUGGAAGGUGAAGUUAUGGCAAAAGUGGACAAACUUGACAAUGUGGGCUGGGAAGACUAUUAGUUGUUAGUUUAAUUAGUUAUUUUUCAUUGUAUAUAAUAAAAUAAAGAAUUUUUUUGAUGCUAUU